AUGGCAGCACUUAAGUUUGGUGACGUUGGGACAAAUGUUGGUAGUUCACUUGAAGGCGAGAGAAACAUAUUUUUAUUUCGUUCACGAAAGGUGGAGAAAGGUCCGCCAUUAGCAACGCCUGAAACUGACGGUAGCUUAGGUGAAUCUACGAUUUCGAAACUGUCUAGAUUAAACGAGGAAAAGAAAUCUAAAGAUGCAACUGAAGGCUCACCUAGCGCUAGUAGGAAUAAGAUAUUGUUUAUGAAAGAUAUUGGUCCUGAUAACUACAUUACUACAACGUUUACAUAA